UCUCUCCCGCUCUCUCUCGCCCUGCAGAUCGUGUACGAGAUGGUCACCGACAGCUGGCUGACCUACGUGGAGGGCGUGUGCGUCAUCUGGUUCACCAUCGAGGUGGUGGCCCGCGUCAUCUUCUGCCCCGACAAGGCAGAGUUCUUCCGCAGCGCCCUCAACAUCAUUGACUUUGUGGCCAUCGUGCCCUUUUACCUGGAGGUGGCGCUGCAGGGCCUCUCCUCCAAAACAGCCAAAGACGUACUGAGCUUCCUGCGUGUGGUGCGUUUCGUCCGUAUCCUGCGUAUAUUCAAGCUGACCCGUCACUUUGUGGGUCUGCGGGUCCUGGGCCACACGCUGCGGGCCAGUACUAACGAGUUCCUGCUGCUCAUCAUCUUCCUGGCGCUGGGCGUCCUCAUCUUUGCUACAAUGAUCUACUAUGCCGAGCGCAUCGGAGCCGACCCGGGCGACCCCACCGCUGCGCUCCACACCGACUUCAAGAACAUCCCCAUCGGUUUCUGGUGGGCCGUGGUGACCAUGACCACGCUGGGGUACGGAGACAUGUUCCCCAAGACGUGGUCAGGGAUGUUGGUGGGGGCUCUCUGCGCCUUAGCCGGCGUGCUAACCAUCGCCAUGCCCGUGCCCGUCAUUGUCAACAACUUCGGCAUGUACUAUUCCUUGGCCAUGGCCAAACAGAAGCUCCCCAAGAAGAGGAACAAGCACAUCCCCAGAGCGCCCCAGCCAGGAAGUCCCAACUACUGCAAGCCAGAUGCACUGGCCAUGGCCACCGCCUCACCCCACAGGCUCAUGGGAAAUGUGCUCGGGCCGGGCAUGGUUGGAUCUGGCAGCAUGCUGGGUACCGGAGACUGUCCUCUGGCUCAGGAGGAGAUCAUUGAGAUCAACAGAGCCGACUCCAAGCAGAACGGUGACACAGGCGCCAACGCGGCGGCCUUGGCCAACGAGGACUGCCCCACCAUAGACCAGGUGCUGGGAGACGAGCGCAGCCCGGCCACCGGAGGCCUCGGCUCCACCACCAGCCGCGAGCGUUACCCGCACGACCGGGCCUGCUUCCUGCUGCGCGCCGGCGAGUUCCAGCGCACAACGGAUGGGAACGUUCGAAAAGGUAGGAGGGCGGAUGGGCGGAGGCAGAGGAAUGAGGGAGGAAAAGGAGAAGGAAGAACAGCAGCAGGAGGAAGAGGAGGAGGAGGAGGAGGAACAGGAGGAGGGUUGGAGGGAAGGCGGUACCUCAGUGACAGCAGCGGGCUGUCAUUGGACGCUUGGUGUUGAUUGGUUGGAAAGGAACUGGGUCCGAAAACAGUCGACGUUAACGUGCACGCACGCACAAACACACACACACACACAUUGCAAAUAUUGCCCAAUAUUUUUUGUGUACAAAAAAAACAUUUAACAUCUUUUUAUUAUUGUUUUUUAAACUAGGAUUUAAUCACUUUUAUCUGCAGAAAAAAAAUAUAUUUAUUUUUUAUUUUUUUGAAAAUAAUUUCCUCGAAAUGUUCAUCAGUACAGACGCCGUGAUUGGCCAAUCCUCCUGAUGAGUCAGAUCAGUGUUGUCCAGUCCAGUUCGACUUUAAAACGACAAAAUGAACUGCGUUCUACUACAGUACUCCUCACAGUACCUGUGUACUAUAGUCCUGCCUCUGUACUGCAGAGGUACUGCAGUAGCUGCUGCAGUACCAGCAGCCGCCAUCGUGUACAAAUGAGAGAAUGCAGUGCACUGUACUGUACAACCAGAAAUGUACUCAGGAAAUCACCUUCAAAAACAUCGAACAAAGACAUUUAAAAAAAACAAAUGUAAUUCUUACUUCCUGUCCUGUUUAGUCUAGGGGGCAGCAGUGAGUUCUGCGUCGACUCAGACGUGAUACGUAGUUUAUAUUAGUUCAACUAAUAGGAGGUAGACUUUGUUAAUACAGUUAAUCUCCCUUGUUGCCCUAAAACAUAGUGGGGGAAUUACCGCCCCCUUCAGGCUGAAGGGUUGUUUCCUCAGCAGUAGAAUUAGAAAACUGAUCAUUUUAAUAUUGAAAUGUGUUAUUAAUGACUUUGUCUCACAGUUUUAAUGAAGCACCUUUUUUUAACUAAUUUUAUCUCUUUAUACUUUUUUAUUAUUUUUUAUAUUAUUGUUUAAAACAAUUUAUUUUUUUAUGUAAUGAAUUCAUCUGAAUCACAGCAAAGCAUCAAAAUCCCAGUGCUAAUGAAACAGGAGAGAGACACAGACUAACGGUCAGCUAAUGACACACACACACACACACACACACACACACUGUGUGAGUGCGUGCCUGCCUGUGUGACUUCAAGGCUUCUCACCGUUCACCGUUCGUUAGCCAGUUCUCGUGCCUUCCCUCCUUCACCUGUACAGUAGAGGCAGCAGGGAGGUCAGAGUUGAAGGUUAAAGGUCACACCGUAGGUCCAUGUCUGAUAGAUGGCGCUGCUGUUGUUGUUGUUGUUGUUGUUGUGUUUGUUGUUGUUGUUGCUGCUGUGUCACUGUCUCCUUCCCCAGGUUUGAGCAGAUCAUGCGUCUGUACGUCGGCUCUUGUCAGUCUGUGUUACACUGUCCAUCUGUCUUUCUGUUUUUCUCCAUUUGUUUCCUUCCUUUCUUUUUCUUUUUUUUUUGUUUUUGUUUCCUUGUUUCUGUCUGACCGGCCGUCGUUCUCCGUGUGUGUGCGUUUGUGUCC